UUAACUUCCGCUUAAAAAAUCCCGUGCAUCGCACGGGUUCCCGCUAGUUACUUUCUAAAAACAGAUCGGUCGUCUUGAUUCAUAUAUUUCCUAGCAAUUCUGCCUUUUCCCCAAAAUAAAGAAUACAUUUUGCCAUCACAUAUCAUUUUUCAAGAAAAUCAUUCAAUUCAGUGCAACCAAACACAGCCUUCGAGUGUAAUUUGCAUGCCCUUCUUAGCACGGACUCUCUGCUAGUGGGCUUAUGAUGAUCCGUGAACCCAUCUUAUCAUAUUAUCAUAAAUAUCCCUAUUAGAUCCUCUACAGUUUUACUAGUAAUACCAGGCCAAUCAUUAUAUACCACGUCAACUCCGUAGGUCCCACGCGUCAUGCUGACGUGAUGUAUUGCUAUUUGCCCAGUAUCCUCCGGUUCCCGUUGUGGAUUCGAAGUGCUCUGUUAUCCUCUUAUUAUAUUAUUAGCUUCUGAUGAUCCGUGAACCCAUCUCACGUUCGAAAGCUGUAGGAUUAUGACUAUAGGAGACUCAGAUUUCGCUCCAUCAAAAGAAAUCCGAGGCCACCUCAUACAAACGGCUAGCUGGGACCAGCAGUCUCUCCUUUUCGUAUUCGGGUCUGCAAUUUUCAAUCAUGUCGUCUCGACCAUCCCUCCUUUGCCGGGAAACUUGCAGUCGAUUCCACCAUUACCACCAUAGCACCAAAAUGCUGCAUUGCUAGAGAUUAAGAGAGUAAUACCCAAUUUCCUGAAAUAUCGUUUCUUGCUUGGUUUUUCUUGUUUCUUCACAAACAAAUCCAUUUAUCUACUGAAGUUGGAGCUUUUUUUAAAUUCUUUUGUUCUGUUGAAUUUCUUCAUAAAGAAAGCUCAUUGAAGCUAAAAGCCUAAAACCCAGUUCUGAAAACAAGUCUAUUAUUUCCUUUCAUUUGUUUUUUUUUUCUUAGUUUCUUGGGAAAUAAUUUUGUUAGCAAAGGCGAAAGCAGAGAAGAACCCAUUUUCAGAAAUUGUUCUUUAUGCUCUCUUUCUUCACAUACAAAGGCCAUUUCGGAGGGAGAAGCAGAGUAAAGUCCUUACUUUUACCAUUCUCGUCCAAUUUUCACUCCUUUAAUAACAGAUAAAUAUAACUAGCUAGUCAUAAGAAGAGUUGGUGAUGAUAGUGAUGAUGAUGAAGAAGAAGCUUUGUUGCUGCAUUUGGUUCAUUCUUUCUAACUUGCUGCCUGUCUUUGUGGUUUCCGCCAUGAAUCACGAUCCUUUGAUAGAUGAAUUUCUGGGGAUUGCAAUACAUCAGCCAUCAAUUAAGGAGUGUCCAGUUCGUAUACAUUGGCCAACAUCCACUAAAUGGUCUAGAUGGACUGCAUAUAUGAUGCUGAAAACAUGGAUAUUUUGGAUCUGGCCAAGUAUCUUACUGUGGUUUUCUCUUUUAGUAGUAGGAAUUGCAACAUGGCUGCACGCCUGCUCGUUCGAAAGAAUGAUGGAAAUACUGUUUCUAAGUUCUAACUGGAAAAUAUCAAUGAAGGUGGACCUACACCCAUUUCCUAUAUGGAGGUGUGACCGCCAAAUCAGGCAAGACAACUCUACCAAGCUUAUCCUUUCCUACAGUUAAUGUUGUGUUUGGAUCUAAUGAUCUGCCUUGUGAUGGAAAUCAUGUGAAUCUUGAGAACCUUUUGCAAAGCUCAAUCAUUGGAGAAUCAUUGGAUGCUACAAUAAUGCAUGCUGACAAAGCCGUCGUGAAUUAUCGAAACUUCAAGCACAAGAGAUACAUUCUGGAGCGCAGUGUGGAACCUGGUUUGCAAGGUUCAAUGUAUCGACACUUAUCUUUUUGGGAGCUCUCCGAUAUGCCCCUACAGGGGGUGGAGGAGCCUUAAACUGGCCCAUCUGAACCGGUUUUAAAAAAAAAAAAAAAAGUAUAAAACAAAGUACCGAUAUGACCCGAUACGCCAUGUAUCUAUAUUUUGAACCUUGCUGGUUUGUCUGAACAACGAUACUAUGAUAUGCAUAUUCUUCAUAAAACAGAUAUGCUUCCUCAUGAGAAUCAAAUUCCAUUCCCUUACAAGGCUCAAAGUUUUCAUCCUCUUCAGCAAAAGCAUGAUCAACAGAUGGAAAAUUCAACGCCAAUUCAUCCUCUCUUUGUGUCUCUCCUUUACUCAUUGUAUUUCCAAAUCCA